GGUCAAACACUCAUCCACUUUAAAUCCAGCAUUAACAGAAUUAACCUAGUCACCUCCUGUAGGGGUGUUUCCCUUUACCGUCCUUAUCUCUUACCGUCCGACAGUCAAGACAAACAGUCAGUUGUUCAGCCAUUAUCUGCUGCUCACACAAGCCUAAGGGCUCUGUUUGGCAUUUGGCUUCUAGAAAACUCAAACUAGUGAGUAAAAUUAUAUUUUUUGAUAGUUUCUUGGGACAGGAAAGAAAAAGCCUCUGGAUUGAAGUGGUUAGCACAAAACUGACAGGUUACCAAGAGUCUAAGAGCAACUGCCAUGGGAAAUGCAACCAGCAGCGCCAUAUCAAAGGAGAUCCUGGAGGACCUGAAGCUCAGCACCAAAUUCACUGAGAUAGAAAUCUGCCAGUGGUAUGAGAACUUUCAGAAGCAGUGUCCCACGGGACGCAUCUCGCCACAGGAGUUCGAGGAGAUCUACACCAGGUUCUUUCCCGAAGCCGACGCCAAGAGCUACGCACGACAUGUGUUCCGCUCCUUUGAUACCAAUGACGACGGCACAUUGGACUUCAAGGAGUAUAUCAUUGCCCUGCACAUGACAUCCAGCGGGAAGACCACCAGGAAAUUGGAGUGGGCCUUCUCUUUGUUUGACGUGGACAAGAACGGCUACAUCAACAAGUCAGAGGUGAAGGAAAUCUGCCAGGCCAUUUUUAAGCUGAUCCCCGAGGAGGAGCAGAAGAUGCUACCAGGGGAUGAGAACACACCCGAGAAGAGAGCCAACAAGCUGUGGGCUUACUUCGACAAGAAAGACAAUGAACGGUUGGCUGAAGGAGAGUUCAUCAAGGGGGUGACUGAAAACGAGAAUGCAAUGCGUCUCAUUCAGUAUGAACCCCUUAAACAAUGAAGUCCUUCCAACUAGUCCUUCUCUCUCUUUCUUUCCUGAAGCUCCUCUAUGCCUCCUACUUUCUCCUCCUCACAUCAGACACUCUGUUGUUCACUUCCCUUGUCUGUGUAAAUACUCAUUUCUGCUCUGUCUCCAUUGUCAUGUUAAGAAAAGUUUUUCAUUCUUUUUUGUUUAACUGUUUGUGAAAAAAAAUUAUUAUAAUUUAAUACAGUUGAGGCAAACUAUGAAAUAGUGCUUACAGCCCAAACAAAUAUCAAAACUACAUAUAAAUUAAUGCAAUUAAAAUAGCAGAAUGCAUCAGUUAUAUUGUACUAUUGGUAAAUUUGUUUUAAAAGUGUUUUUAAAAAAUUGGGUCUGCAGAAAAAGAUAUUAGGAAUACUAAACCUAAUCAUUAGGGUGUUACAGCUUUUUUUACAGACUUGAAAUAUCUUGAUUGAGGUUUUAGGUGUUAAGUGUUGUACUUUAUUCACUGAACAUUAAAUUAAAGGUUUUCUCAUACA